AACUCAGCUUCUCUACAUAACAUCGCAAUACGUACGUUACGCAGCCAAGUGAAUAUAUCCUUAUAAAACUUUUUCAUUUUGAAUGAAAGCAUUUACAUAAAGAUUCCUAGGGCCACGGAUAUUUGAUUUAACAUUCUGACGCCAAUUGCAGGUACUGACGAGAAAAUGUAAUUAAUUUGUCCACUGUACAUUUGGUUAGUGGUCACCAAAGACCACCCAAUGUCACAAUGAGUACCACCACCUCCCCAAGAACUUCGUUGGCCAAACUUGUUCUUUACCCGAAAGGCAAGCCUUUCAAAGUCAUGGUAUUGGGCCAGGCCGGAGUGGGUAAAUCAGCUCUCGUUGUGAGAUUCAUAACGAGGCGUUUCAUUGGCGAAUACGACCCCAAUUUGGAGAAAGUCUACGCUUGCCAAACAGUAAUAGACAACGAAAUGAUUUAUUUCGAAAUAUUGGAUUCGGCUGGCGACCCAAGGGAGAGCGAAUAUGCGAACCUGGAGAGCAACAUCCGUUGGGCAGAAGCGUUCAUUCUGAUGUAUUCGGUGACAGACAAGUGCUCGUUCGACGAGUGCCAUCGUCUCAAGUUCCUCAUCAAUUACAACAAAAGGCGCCGGAGAUUGGCUUCAUCAUCGAAGGACAACGUGCUAGAAACACCAGUGGUACUGGUAGGAAACAAGAUAGAUCAAGCUGGAGACCGCAUGGUGAGCACAGAGGAGGGUCAGCGCCGCAGUAAGGAAAUUGGAUGCGUCUGCUUCCACGAAAUUUCCGUUCGUGAGAGCAUCGAACAGGUAUGGAGUGUAUUCCACGAUGUGCGUCGUUUCUGGCGCGUUAGCAGCAAAUGGACCAAAGGCAAGAGGACUGACCCUGACAUACAUCCUGCAGCUCUUGGUCGAUCAUUGGCCCGAGCCGCCUCCGACUCCGCACCAGAACCAGAGAUGGAGUUCACAGCUGCUUUUAGUCGUCGUUGGACAGAAGUCGAAUUAGACGAAGAAGGUGAAGUAUUGGGGGUGGUACGCAGCGAUUCUACAUCAUCUUCAGGGAAAUCAGAAUGCGCCGAAGAGUUUCGAGCCCGCGCCAGCACGGACUCCCGCUUGCCCCCCCGCCCUGCUCGACCACGACACCCCCUCCCUACUAGGCCCUUACCACCACCAGUGAGGAGAAUGAGCGUGGCCAUGAAAGGAAAUAACGCCAGUACAUAUUGACUACAGGGUAUUUUGAUCCUUGAUACAGUUUGCCAAGAAAAAAACAAUUUCUUCGUACAAUUUUAUCUUGCGUUCUAAAAAAAUAUUUACAGUCCCCAUAUAAAAACUGUAUAGAUGCUUAUUUUACGUUUAGAAGUAGAAUUAUAUAUUUUUCAGUAAACAUAUACACACUUAUUUG